GUAGGUCCCCGAGGGUAAGUCUGCGCGAGCUUUCUGUUAUCUUCACGAGUAGAUAUCGAACUCAUGCAGGGUAUAUAACUCACCUCAUCCCCCCAGCUUGUUGUAUCGUCGCCAGCUCAAUCAAGUCUUCCACUCGUUGAAUCAGUACUAUUUCCAAAAACUAUUUCCAACUCAUCAAGAUGAAGUUCACUUCCUCCUCUGUUGUGGCCGCCGCCACCUUCUUCUCCGCUGCGAAUGCGGCUGGCCUUUCCCUUCCGGACAUCCCUCAGAGCUGCUUGCAGAUUCCUCAGGUCCUUGGGAACAAGCCUCUCCAGCUCAUGCACUACUUCAACACGGAAGUGUGUGACAAGAAUUGCACCGCCACUAUCAACCAGCACAACCAGUACCUCCAGGAGCAGGUUGUCCCCCAGAUCACCAAGGAUCUGGAUGCAAAGCUGGGCAUUUCUACCAGCCAGGAGGAGUCGUUUUCGCAGUUCCGGACUCAGCUUACCUCGGCCGUCACCAAGGACUGCCAGACCGAGGGCAACAAGCCCCUUUGCAACGACCUCCAGGGGCUUUUCCAGUAUGGCGCCUGUGUGUUCAAGGCUACCCAGCCGAUCAUCAUGAACCACAUUGGCCAGAUCUCGAGCUCCAUCAACAUCACCGAGGCGGGCUGCAACAAGAUCAAGGAGCUUGAUUCGGACCAGACUGUCUGGCAGAAGACCUUGCCCGGAUACAUUGACAAGUUCGAGCAGCUGUGCGCGAGCGAGAAAUAGAGGGUCCAGGUGAUCUCCAGUCUGACGAUGGAAGCUUCGAUAGCGCGUGGACGUUAUCCGAAGAUGUGAUUUGAAACAUUAUGCUUUUAUUUUAUGUUUUUUUUUUCUGUUUAUGCUGCGCAUUUACAAGCAUCUGAGAUGCUGUCGUCACUCCUUUGGAACCUGUCUUUGAGAUCUGCCGCUAGAGAAUGUCUUCGAGUACCUGCCAUCAGUCAGUGAUCCUUAGAUAGGGACCCGAAUAAUGAGACAUUUUUUACCAUAAGCGCUGUGCCUGCACAAGCAAUC